AUCAUGUCCAAGAUUUGUUUGUACAACUCCCUCUGUGGCUCCUUAAUGCAUGCUACUGGACAUGGGGAACUGUAGAUGGCCUGGGACAGCAAUUCUCACUUUUUCCAGUAUGGCUGAAGGUACACCACCAAUGAAAAUCAUUACUCAACAAAAACCCUUACGGGUAACUGGAAUGAAGAAUGGUACAAUAUCCAGAGAAUUGUGCAGCCCAAGCCACUUCCUUCCCAAUAUACUCAUUGCUUUGAAACAACAUACGCUUCAGAUUACAACAAGGGAAAGCAUCAGAGAAUAAAAAGAUUUCAAUGAGAAUCUCAUUGGUUUCCAGGCCACCACCCUGAGCUGGAACCUCCUUCAUUCAACCCAACUGCUCAGUCCUUCCAUACAAUAGACUACAGGCCUCCAUAUGGCAGCGUUUUCUUUGCUUGUGUCCAACACUCAGAGAAGGAACAAGAAGUGUGCAGGAAAAGCAACUGAGAUGGAGACAAUCUGCAGACUAUGCCUGCAGAAAAACAGGAGGUUAGAAAAUAG